AUGACGUACAUACACAGACACUUUAGAGAAGAUUCCUUUUUGAAAAUGUUUGUGGACAAUUUCAAGCCUUCGGAAGCCUUUUCCUUUGAUGUAUCAAGCUAUUUGAAAAAGAAAUUAAAAGAAGAGGAAGAUGAUCAGUCGACAAAUUCAAAAUCAACAUCAUUAGAAUCGGAAAUAUUAAAACUUUCUGAAGGUGUUUCUGCGAUUGAUAAUCAAAUUUUCAAGAUUUUUGAAAAGCAAAGUUCACAGUUGGAUGAAGAAGAAUCGGAAUUUAAAACUUUUUUGUUUAAAUCAUUGGGUGAUGAAUUGACACAACAUGAUGAGUUGGCAGAUAUGAGUUUGGUCAAUCAGUAUCAAAAAGUCAUGUCUGGAAAGGGAUUUUAUAAGAGUAUAUUUGAAAUUCAAAAUUUAGAGGAAGAUUUAAAUUCCAUCAAGAAGAGUGUUGAUUUAUUACAAACUUCAGUCAAUAGAUUACAAUCAAGUUUGGGAGCAAGUGCCACUAAUUUGACCUCCCGACACAAACAACUUGAAAACAUGUUCGAAACACUUGAAUUGAUGAAGAAAGUUUAUUCCUUCCUCUCAAUGAUCUCCAAAUUAAAGAAGAGUUAUAAUGGAUAUAAUUCUGAUCAAACUAAUUUAUUUGCCACGUCACAAUAUAUUUUCGAAUUGGAACAAGUUGUAAAAUCACGAGAAUUGGAGAAUAUUACAAUUGUAGAUAAGGAAAUUCCAUAUAUUCAAAAUAUUUCAACCGAAGUGAAGAAUGAAGCCAUCAAGGCAAUGAAGGAAGGCAUGAAGAACAAACAACAAUCAACAGUAGCUACUGCCCUACAAGUUUUUUUCAAUUUUAACAUUCUCUCAGAGAUGAUCAAUGACACUGUUACACACCAAAUCAAUGCUGCAACAAAUGCUGUAAAAUCUGUAUUUUCACAAAAACCAACCAAAUCAACAGAGAGUACUUUCAAGACUCAAUUCCUCGUCUCUCUCAAGAGCUUGUUUUCUGAUAUGGAAACUCUCUACCAACAAAUUUAUCACUUGGAUUUGGUUGUAAAGAAGAAGAGGGAUACAUUGUCACAGAGGGAUUUUUCUGCCAUUCUCAUUGAAAAGGGUAACGAAAACUUUUUGGAAUUAUUUUGGAAUAAUGUUCAAAAGUCAAUUUCACUCUCAAUGAAAAAGGUGAUCGAUAAUCAAUUCCUUAAGGACAUUUUUGUGAUUGAAUAUCCACAAAUUAAGACCAUGAUGAAGGAAUUUUUCAAUUCUCUCGUUCAGCAAUUACCAACACAGGAGUCAAGACUUGUAGAAAAGACAAAACUAGUCUUUGGUAAGGUAUCUCCUCCAAAACCAAAGGAAACAACAUUCAAAGGUCUGACCACAACUGAUAUCAGACAAAUCACUUCUCUCAUGUUACAGGAAUUGAAUAAUGUUAAAUCUGAUGAAAAGCUCUUCUUUGAAAUUGGAAAGAAUAUUGCCAAGACCAUUCAACUCUUUUGUAAUAAUAUUGAAGAGCUCAUAAUUACUGAUUCCUCUUCAAGAGAUAUCGAUUUGCUCUCAGUUCUCGAGGGAAGUAUUGGAAGAUCCACCACUCCCUCCCAACUCUUCAAUGCAAAUCUAUUCAAUUCCACUUAUUUCAUGCUGACAAACACUACCAAAUCAAUCAAGACUCUAUCGAAUCUUCCAGCAUUUACAGCACUUGAGAAAAUGUUAGAAAUUUCUCUGAAAAAAUUGGAUGAAAUUGGAAAGCAAAUUACUGGGCCAAUCUUUGACACAAUCAGCAGACAACUUUUAACCAUCCUAUUGAAUAUGCAUCUCUCUGAGGAGGAAAUGAGAAUCAAACAGCAACAAUUGGAAAUGAGUCGUAUGAAUGAGAUUGGUGUCGAGUACAAUACCAAUACUCUAUUCGUAUGUCAAUUCUUCUAUUGCCUCAAACAUGCCAAGAGAGUUUACUUUCAAAUGUUCGAUCAACAAACUGCCUCUGUGAGUGGAAAUAUGUUCAUUCCCCUCAUUGAAAAACUGUAUAUUUACAUUACCAUUGAGAUUACCCUCAAGACCAUAACACUCUCGAGAACAUUCCCACUCGAAGAGAGAGAAAUUCACUUCCUAACUCUUCUCAAUGAUGCCAAGCAACUUCAAGCAAUGAUUGCUGACUUUUUGUCUGAUGAUAGUAAUCAUCAAACCAAAGGUCACUUGCUGUUCAAAACCUUUUUAAAGAUUAUCUUUGUGAAUGACUUUUCAAUUAUCGACAAGCAGUUGGCAAUUAAUGAAGCUUCUCAUGCCAUCCUAGUUUCUCAUCUCUUAAUGACCAAGAUUGAGAAUGUAGAUUGGAUUAUUCCUCCUCACGAACAUACCAAGACCUCACUGAGAGAGUACAGUAAGUGGUGGAUUGAAAAUAUGCAAAAUUCGAAAGAAGGUGUCAUUCUAGAUAAUCUUAGCAAGUGUAUUGCUGAAAUGAAAAAGAAGGAUACUGAAUCUGCCUCCAAAGUCAUUCCAAUUAUUGAGAAUAUUUUGAGUAAGAAUUAUUCCAGUGGUGCCAGUAAUAAUACUAAUGGUGAAGAUAAUCUCAAACAAUAA